AUGGUAACUCCACUGUGCUUCGUAGUCUUUCGGUUCCGGCAAUAUACUGUAGCCGUAAGUGCAGACGUGAAAGAGAUGUUCCAUCAGGUCCGUACGAGAGGUGCGGAUCGUUCUGCACAAAGUUUCCUGUUCCGUGACGACCCUUCGGAAGAACCUCAAGUGUUCCGUAUGGACGUUGCUACAUUUGGUGCGACGUGUUCACCAGCCAUCGCACAGUACGUCAAGAACGCUAACGCAAGAUCUUUCGAGAAGGAGUUACCACGAGCUGUUGAGGGGAUAGUUUUCAAUCACUAUGUUGACGACUAUCUGGAUAGCUUCUCCACCGAGAAUAAGGCGAAACAAGUUGCGUCUGAAGUCCGAGAGAUCCACAAACGAGGAGGGUUCGAGAUUCGGAAUUGGUGUUCGAAUAGCCCAACGGUUCUUCAGCAUUUAGGGGAGAGUCAACAGCAUCCGGUGAAGCAAAUGUGUCUCGAUGAAAAGGAGCAAUCUGAACGCGUCCUGGGAAUGCGUUGGAUGACAAAGUCCGAUGAGUUAUGUUUUUCAGCUACGAUGCGUGGAGAUGUCGCAUCCAUCAUCGAGAACGGCCACAAGCCAACAAAGAGACAGAUUCUUCGGUGUGUGAUGUCUCUCUUCGACCCACUGGGAUUCCUCGCCCCAUAUUUGGUCUUCGGCAAGGUACUCAUUCAAAGCGCUUGGCGUUUAGGAAUCGGCUGGGAUGAGAAAGUAGACGAUCGGUUGUUCCAGCAAUGGCGCCAAUGGACUGAGAUGAUCGAUCACAUCAAUAGCGUUCGGAUUCCAAGAUGCUACUUUCGAAAGACAGGGGCCACAAAUUUAGCAAACGUUCAACUACAUACCUUCGUCGAUGCAGGCCGGGACGCUUGUGCCUGCGUGUCGUACCUUCGAGUUGUCAACGAAGAUGGAGAAGUGGAAGUAGCGCUAGUUUCCGCAAAAACGAAGGUUGUUCCGCUGAAACCAGUCACUAUUCUGAGAUUGGAGCUUCAGGCCUGCGUGAUGGGAACGCGUCUCGCAAAAUACAUUAUCGACGGCCAUUCCUACUCGAUCAAAAAGCGGGUAUUUUGGAGCGACUCAAGUGCAGCCCUCAGUUGGAUUGGUGCGGAUCCUCACAAGUACAGUCCUUAUAUAGCGUACCGAGUGUCCGAAAUAUUGGAAGCGACCGACCGCACCGAGUGGCGCUGGGUAGCAUCGAAAGAUAAUCCAGCUGACGAGGCUACGAAGUGGGGAGCUGGACCGUAUUUCAAUUCCAACAGCAUCUGGUACAGCGGACCUGAAUUUCUAUACUUACCUGAGCGAGAUUGGAAGAGAGGUGAUCCGGAAAAAUCAGGAGAAGAAGAGCUACGAGCUUGUAACGUUCAUCGGGAGAUACAUGUUCCCGAAUGUGUUGUAGACAUCGAACGAUUCUCGAAGUGGACGCAUUUGCAACGCGUCAUGGCAUACGUUCACCGUUUCACCAACAACUGUCGCAAUGUUCGCCUUAACACCAAGGUUCUUACGAAGAAGGAGCUGAAAAUGGCCGAAAACUCAAUUUUCCGACUAGUUCAGUGGCAAUCCUUUCCUGACGAGAUUAUCACCAUGUCUACAAAUCGUUUCCUCCCGUCAGAGCAACAACGACCGUUAGAGAAAUCCAGCACUAUCUACCAGGUCACACCAAUGCUGGAUGAAUUUGGAGUUCUACGCGUGAACGGCAGAAUCGCGGCAGCGCAAUGUGCUUCAACUGAUGCCAAAUACCCCAUCAUCCUUCCGAGGAAACAUCGACUGGCAGCGCUUCUGGUGGAUCACUAUCAUCGUCAACUCAAGCAUGGCAACAAAGAGACCACAGUCAAUGAGAUUCGUCAACGUUUUCAUAUUCCGAAGCUUCGCUCUUUCGUGAAUUUCGUCACAGCUCGGUGCAAUCUUUGCAAGAUACGGAAAGCACGACCGAGCAUUCCACAGAUGGCCCCACUUCCGCAAGCUAGAUUGUCACCAUUCACCCGUCCAUUCAGCUACGUUGGACUGGACUAUUUUGGUCCCUUUCUUGUGAAAGUUGGGCGUAGUAAAGUGAAAAGGUGGAUUGCGCUCUUCACUUGUCUGACGAUACGAGCCGUCCACCUGGAAAUCGCGAGCAACUUGACAACUGAAUCCUGUGUAGCGUGCGUUCGUCGAUUCGUGUGCCGUAGAGGAUUUCCCGUUGAAAUCCACAGCGAUAACGGCACCAACUUUCAAGGUGCAGAGCGAUUACUACGUGAGCAAAUCAAUACCAAGCUUGCGACUACGUUCACCAGUUCAACAACAGCUUGGCGAUUGAUUCCCCCGGGUGCCCCUCACAUGGGCGGCGCCUGGGAGCGAAUGGUCAGAUCCGUGAAAACAGCGCUGACGGCAGCCUAUAACAAUGAAAAACUAGACGAUGAUGCUUUGCACACGAUUAUUGUAGAAGCAGAAUCCAUAGUCAACAGCAGGCCGUUGACCUACCUUCCGCUGGACUCUGCGGAGCAGGAAGCAAUCACCCCUAACCAUUUCCUUCUAGGGAGCUCAGCCGGCGUCAAGCAACCAGUCGUGCAGUACGAAGAUAACAACGCACUCUUGAAGCGAUCGUGGGCCAUGAUCCAAGAACGGCUGAACUCGUUUUGGAAGCGGUGGGUACGGGAGUACUUACCCACACUAACUAGAAGAACGAAAUGGUUUGGCUCGGAGAGGAAUGUUGCAGCAGGGGACCUAGUAAUAAUCAUAGAUGAUACCAGAAGGAACGGAUGGACGCGUGGUCGCGUUUUGGAAGCCAUAACUGCUGCGGAUGGCAAAGUUCGGCAGGCGAUCGUUCAAACGAAUGGAGGUAUACUCAGAAGACCGGUCUCCAAGCUUGCAGUUCUUGUUGUGGCCAAGGAAGAUGGAACCAAGGAGACUCACUGGUUCCACCGGGGGGAGAAUGAUGCCACAAAGACAGACCAGCUGGGAGCCCGGCCACGCAACCGAGCAUUGAAGCUGCGUUCUUCAUGCGUGACGGUAGGACUAACUGUCAACGAUGACAAAAGGAACGACGAACAAUGA